GGGAGCCCCUAGAGUCAACAGAACAAAGAGAUGUGGAACCAGCUUCCCUUCGACAUCCUAGAAAGGAUCUUCUCCUUCCUUCCUCUAGACUGCCUAGCACGUGCGACGUCAGCUUGCAAGCACUGGCACACAUGCGCCAAGACCCGCCCUUCCCAGUACCAAGCCAUGCCCAACAACAGCUCACCUUGGUUCCUGGCUAUACAGAAGCGCAGCGGCGGUGGCGGCCACCCCUGCUACUGCUACGCUCACAACCCAUCUCUCAACUCCUGGCACUCUCUCCCUCUUGAUUUCCUACCUAACCCAAUCCGCCCCAUCUCCCCCAUCGGCAGCCUCCUCCUCUACCGACGGCCAUCCUCCUUCUCCUGCUCCUCCUCCUCCUCUCCUUCCAUCCAAUUAGCACUCUUCAACCCCUUCACCAGACAACACCGUCUACUCCCUUCUCUCAUCACUCCACGGAUCAACCCCGCAGUGGGCGUCGUCGAGGGUGGAUGUGGGACCCAAUCCCCCUUCAAAGUCUACGUCGCCGGCGGAAUUUCUACCUCGGGCGGCUCCGCCGCCUCCUCUUACGAGCCCACAUUGGAAAUGUAUGAUUCUGAGGCCGACAAGUGGCAGAGCUUAGGAUCUAUGCCGAUCGAAUUUGCCGUGAGGCUCACGGUCUGGACACCCAACGAGAGUGUGUUCUCCGGUGGGAUACUCUAUUGGAUGACAUCGGCUCGUGCUUACAGUGUUGUGGGCUUCGAUGUGGGUAAUGGUUCAUGGAAGGAAUUGAAGGUGCCCAUGGCGGAUCGGCUUGAAUUCGCUGCUCUGGUGAGGAGAAAAGGGAGGUUGGCCCUUGUUGGCGGCGCCGCCUCUGCUGUGGAAGCUUGGGUGUGGGAGCUGGAUGAAUAUUAUCAAUGGGAGUUGGUGGAAACUGUGCCAUUUGAGAUGGGAAAGAGGUUUUUGAUGGGGAAGAGGAGUUGGUACAGUACCAAGUGUGUGGGAACCGAUGAGGCCAUUUGUCUGUAUAAGGAGCUUGGAUCUGAAAUAUUGGUUUGGAGAGAAGAUAUCGCAGUGAAGGGUAGGUGGGAAUGGAUCUUGGUUGCAGGUUGUAGCUCCAUUAGAAAAGAACCAGUUCCCAAUUUCCCCAUUAAAGGAAUUCUCCUUUACCCAAGCUUAGCUUCCUCUUACAUUUUUAAUAUCUGAGAAAAAAAAAAAAAAGUUUGAUCCAAAACUCAACGAUGAAUAAGAUGAUGCUUUGGGGCCUUUUGGGUGUCUGUUAUCUUCUGCAACUGAGAGCAGAAGAGAAUCUUUUAUGCCAUUCGGCCGAUAAGUGGCAACUGUUGGAUUUAUGUGUCUAUCAAAUUCUAAAUUUCAACGAUUUAAAUGAUGAUGAAUGAAGUAGCAUCGAUAUUAUUGGGCA